AUGUCUCCGCAUCCCACUAGCUACUAUUAUGCAGAUCCAAUGCCAACCAACGAUGCAUUGAUGACAAGAAUUUUUCGUAAAGAACUCGUUGCACUCCAUGGUCCUCGGGCAUCCGGAAACAUAACCUUACAGAGCGUCAACGUCCAUUCUGACGAGGAGAGGUUCUGGAUUGGUAUAGGAAAAAGCCUCCAAGAACAUGCGGGCACGGGCUACAACUUCUCUCUCAAGUCUGGUGAUGACUUUCGGCUUGCUUUCUCAAACUGGAAUCCUGUCGUUAUUUUCGUUGAUGAAUUUGACAAGCUUUACUCUGCAGCACCUGAGAUUCGUGACUCGUGCCUUGACCAUUUCCGCACCAUCAAACACGCGAUCGCAGGAGGAAAUUCUACCAUCCAUUCGGUGGUUGCCAUCAGCACUUUUGGCAUCCUGCGGCUAAACUCAGAUAAAGUUUAUGAAUUGCCAUUCAACAUCCGUGACCCUGUUCAAAACCCCUAUCUUACCAAAGACCAGGUAAAAGCGCUUUUCGAGGAAUACGCAUCGAACAAGAAGUUGGAAGUGAAGCCAGAUGUUAUUGAAGAUAUCUAUUGGCAGACAAACGGCAUGCCUAGCAUGGUCUGUCUAUGCGGGCAUAUGAUAGAUACUGUGCUGUUGGGAGAGCUCAAUAACCAAUUUCUGGACUUGGCCACCUGGAAAGGUUUCGCAAUUUCAUCAUUGAAUCAGGCGGUUAUAGAUCAACCUACCUUCAACAGGCUUGUGGAUGAACUCCUCAAGGAAGAAGCAAAGCCAGCAGUGGACCUUCUGCGGUUGCAAUUUUUACCAGACCCCAGAGCCGCUACUCUUACCACUCGAGACGAGAUUGCCUUGGCCGAAUUUCUCGCUCGACAUGGAGUAUUGAUCAUGGAUACGACGACCAAUUGCUUCAAAUUGUCUUCGCCUCUUUUGCAUUCCGUUAUCUUGCAUAGCGUUCUACCCAAAAUCUACCCGGCCUGUCCGUCUAUUGAUGUCCCAAUGUAUACAAACGGCAUGAUCAAGUACUACAAUGUUCUCAUUGAGGUCUUACGCGUCUUUGAUAGAGAAAACAUCAAAUCAGCAGCCCGUUACGCGCAUAAGAAGGCGCAGAUGACGAUUGAUGAUCAAUCAGGAGUGCUGGUUCCAAGAGAAAGCGUGUACCAACAACAGGUGGCCAGUAUCCUAUCAAAUUGGCUCGGAAAAUUGCGCUAUACAGUCACAGGCCAAUAUAAUGUCGAUUAUGUCAAAGACGGAGGACUG